AUGAUGACCACCAGGGGGGCUAUCGACGAACGCCGCCGAGCGCGAAGUCGACUCAAGCAGCAGCGGCGCCGCGCCCGCGAUGUCGACGAGCAAAAGGACCUCGAGAAGCAACUCUAUGUUCUUCAGCACUUUCUGGCCAAGUACACCAAGCCUCGUGAGACCACGGCGUUGCCGUGGAAGCAAGUGACAUCUGCACUUCAAGACGCCGUCGAGGACGCGACAACGAUCAACGCCAAGCUCCGACAACAAGUCGAGUACCUCACCAGUCUAGGACAUUGCUUGGCUUCCUGGAUGGCGGCAAUCGACCGUCGGUGCAAUGUGCCGGAGGCAUGCGAGCCGUUUACGUGGCAGCACGUCUGGCUCCCUACCGACCCGAUGGCUAGACGCACGAGUUUGGACUGGUUCACCCAGCGCCUCUACCACAACACGGACCGAAUGCUUGCGCGCACGUCGUUUCCGUCGACGCCUAUGCGGAUCAUGGACCACGUCGAGAUUGAUCACGGCAAUGACUUGCUGGACCGUAUCGCGCGUCUACAAGUUGAUGUUGCGCUCUCAUUGGAAGACACGUAUGCGGCUAUGCGCACCUCGAUCUGGUCGACGUUGCGUGGCGACAACGCCCCCGUGUCGACGACGUAUCUCGACCACGAGAUGGUCGAGGGCAUCGAUGUCAACAUGUACUACCAACGCAUGCGUACCCCCGCCAACAAUUGCCAGUACAACGUGGGCCGCGAGUUCAAGUCUCACGAUCGUAUCGUCUUUUUGGUGGGUAACGUUCGCCCGGCUGCCGACCCGAGCGCGACGCAUUUCGGCUGGCGCUCGCGUCUCGCCUGGUACAUACUGGAGCGAUUGGGACCACGAACGACGCGGGUGCGCGUGCUUCUCUACAACGCGCCGUGCAUCAACGCCAACGGAGAGUACAUGACGUGGCACGAGGAGCAUUGUCAAAUCGACAGCUCGUUUUGCCACGUCCCCGAGGCCGAUCGGUGGACGACGCACCAGCGCUUCAUGGACGACUACGCGGCGAUGUUCCUCACGGAGCAGUGGCAUGAGCUUGGUCUGCAUUUGCUUCCGACAGUAUCGAGCUAA